CGGCCCCUUUGGGUACUGCCUGAGCAAGAAGUGCUGAAGAGGAGGACCAGUCAUCAAUAGGAGGAUGAGAUUGGGAGAGACACUCGGUGCAGGAGGCUGAGUGAAAGGGGAGCACUAGGACCCAGGGGUAGUGGAGGACUGCAGCAACGAGCUGGAGGAGGAGAAGUAAGCGGUGGGGGGUGGGAGCCAUCUGGUACUUUGACAGCAUUCAAAACAGCAUCGGCCAUAACAACAGAAAUGGCCAGUCAGUCCCAGGGUAUCCAGCAGCUUCUGCAAGCUGAGAAGCGGGCAGCUGAGAAGGUGGCAGAUGCCAGAAAGAGGAAGGCCCGGCGACUGAAGCAGGCAAAGGAGGAGGCACAGAUGGAGGUGGAGCAAUACCGCAGAGAGCGAGAGCAGGAAUUCCAGAGCAAGCAGCAGGCGGCCAUGGGCUCCCAAGGGAACCUGUCCGCUGAGGUGGAGCAGGCUACAAGGCGCCAGGUGCAGGGCAUGCAGAGCUCCCAGCAGAGAAACCGAGAGCGUGUCCUGGCCCAGCUUCUUGGCAUGGUCUGCGACGUCAGGCCCCAGGUCCACCCCAACUACCGGAUUUCUGCCUAGGGCCACCGUAGGGCCUGAUUCCUUCUGCCAGUUCCCUCCCUCAAAGAAAUCCUCCAAUCAGAAUCACCUCCCACCAUAAUCCCUGUCUUCUUUCCAUCCCCUAGAAAUCCCGGGAGGCAGGAUCCAAUAAUUUUCCUGUGACACUUAUAAAUAUCCUGCUCACAUCUGAAUCUCCUUGUUGUUCUUUAACCCUCACUGGGACUUUGUAAACUUCCAAGUCAUUCUGACCUAAACCCUCUAUGAAAUUUGUAAUAUGGGGAAGUAGGAAUGUGGAAAACAUCCUGACUUCAGCAUCUGGCAGAUGUGGGUCCCUCUCUUGACCCUGUCACUUGCCGGCUGUGAAACCGGGACAAGCUACUUAACUUGGUAGCCUCGAUGUCCUCCUCUGUGAAACUGGGAUAAUAAUAAUGCCUACCUUGUGAGGGUUGCUUCAAUGAUUAGGAAUCAUUCUGUAAAGUCUAGCACAGUUCCUCGCAUGUUGUAGCAGUGAUUCAGUAAGUAGCAACCCUGUGAUACUAUUACCACCACCUGCUCGCUGGCCAAAACCUACACAGCUGUUUCCUCACUUCCAUCACUGGCUCUCUAAUUCCACUUGUUCAUUCUGUGACCCUAGUUAUUUUCUGAAUAAUUGGUUCUUCUCUUUUCCCAGAGACCUUCUGAUCUCCAAAAAGAGGAGAUGACUACAUUUAGCCCCCCUCUUAUAAUUCCAGGUAGAGAACUGCAUUUUGUAGCCUUUGUUUUUCUUAUGCUGAUCUUUGUCUUUAUUAGAUUUUCCUCCUUUCCUAUUUCCCCAAAGACUUAUCAGAUGCUCAUUGCUUUCUAAGAGCUAAAAUGAUACUGUGUUCCCUCAUAUGCAUGCCCUUCCUUUCUAUAUCCUUGACACCUUACUUUUCCAUUGUAACAAUAAAAAAAGUAUCAAUAAAAUAAUUGUCGGCAAAUAAA